AUCUCGAAGAAAAGAAAGAAGCAAUUUGCACGAAGCCAACCUCUCAAUCAUUGUGGUCACCCAAAAUGUCGUCGAUGUUGGACCAUUUCCUAUUCGCCGUGCCUCCAGAGAAAUUCCAGGAGGUCGUCGCGUGGUAUCUCGCCGCCUUGGCUCCUCUGAAGUACGAGAAGCUCGCGGAUUAUGGCGUUGUCGUUGGCCUAGGCGUCAACGGAAAGGCCGAUCUUUGGAUCCACUCUGUUUCCGAAGACUCUCCAAAGACGGGCUACUUCCACUUGGGUUUCAAAGCGACAGAUUAUGAGACCGUCCACGCCUUUUACGAAGCUGCGGUGAAGGCAGGAGGCAAACCGAACGGCGAGCCUGGUCCCCGACCUCAGUAUGGGCCCAAUUAUUACGGCGCGUUCGUGCUGGAUCCGGUUGGAAACAACAUUGAAGCGGUCGACAAGACGGUACAUUAAUGAGUCUGCAGGUCAACAACCGUGAUGGUUCGGCAUAGGCUGUGAAAUAUAGCACUUUCCUACCCACAAAGCCAUUGAUUAGAAUUCAUGGGUUGCUUAUCGAUUUCUUAUCCGAUUCCACCUCGCUUCGACUGUCCAAAUUUAGAGAGCUCUAAAAUGCAC